CCCUAACCUUCUUCUAUUGACACUAACUCUCACACAACAUGUGGACGCCGGACCCGCAAGCCUUGGACCAGCUCCAACAUAUUCUCCGUGGAACACUCUCGACAUCUGCCGCGGACCGUAAGGCUGCCAAUGAUGCCUUGGACCUGGCUAAACUUCAACCUGAGAUUGAAAACUAUCUCUUGAUCAUUCUUGUUGGUGAUGAUUCCUCUAAGCAGAUCCGCCUGGACACCAGAGCAUCUGCUGGCCUUAUCUUGAAGAAUAUGGUCGUCAGAGCUGCCUCGGGCAUUUCUGGAUCUGCUCGCAUGGCUGAUCGCUCAUAUCUUUUGGACAACAUUCUUCAUGGACUUGUUUCUCCAGAUACCAUGGUCCGUAACAUCACCGGGACCGUCAUCACAGCACUUUUUCUGAUCUAUGGGUUGGAUAGAUGGCCUAUUUGCUUGCCUAGCUUGGUUCAACUUGCUCAACAAGCCGGAAACGGUGGUGAUGUUGCCGCAAGUGAAGGUGCCAUGGGUGCCCUUUCCAAGAUCUGUGAAGAUUCGGGAAGCUCCUUAGACAGAGAAGUUAAUGGCACUCGUCCUCUUGACGAGCUUAUCCCACAGCUUCUCUCCUUAACUGACAGCACCCUGGCCAAAAUCAGAGCUCUUGCUGUUCAUUGUCUCAACCAAUUCACCCCAUACCUCUCACAGCUGUUUUUGGUUCAUUUGGACUCCUUCCUUCAACGAUUAUUUGCCUUGGCAACCGAUACUCUGAGUGAGGUUAGAAAGAACGUAUGUGUAGGUUUCCUGGCCGUUCUCCAUGCCCGUGCUGAUAAACUUCAUCCUCAUCUUGAUGGUGUGAUCAAUUAUUGUCUUCAUUCAAUGCAGGACACUGACGAAGAAGUUGCAGUUGAAGCAUGUGAGUUCCUUCUUGCAUUGGCUUCUACCUCCACUCAGGAACUUGAUCGUAGGGUUUUCUCUCCAAAGUUGUCACAAAUCCUUCCAGUAUUGCUCGAAAAGAUGGUUUAUUCCCAAGAAGAAAUCUUCUUGAUGCAACUUGCUGAUGACAAAGAUAGUGCUGAUGUGGCUGACAAAGAUGAAGACAUUCGUCCACAAAAUAUCAAGGCCAAACACCACAAGGUUGGUAAGACAAAGGAUGAAAGUGAUGGCAAUGAACUGGACAGUGAAGGUGAGUCAGACGAUGAUGAUGAUUCAGAUGAUGAGGAUGACUUUUCAGAAUGGUCUCUUCGUAAAUGUUCCGCCAGUACUCUUGACAUUCUUUCUGUGAGCCUUCCAGGAGAAGUCUUAGAGGUAAUUCUCCCAAUCCUUCAAGAACGUAUUGUAUCACCAGAUUGGCCUGUCCGUGAAGCUUCCAUCCUUGCCUUUGGUGCCGUUUCUCGUUCUUGUAUUGAAUUGGCUCUGGAUAAGCUUCCUACAUUGGUUCCUUUCCUUGUGGAUAGACUUUCUGAUGAUCAACCAAGAGUGCGUCAAAUCACUUGUUGGACCCUCUCACGCUUUGCUGAAUGGGUUUGUUCCGAAGCACAUGAAGGUGGUCAAUAUGCAUCUUUCUUUCAACCAACCUUCCAAACUAUAGUGGAAAGAGCAUUGGAUCCAAAGAAAGUCGUUCAAGAAGCUGCAUGUUCAGCACUCUCUUCAUUCAUUGAAGAUUCGGACUCUCUGUUGAUCUCAUUCUACAUUGCCCCACUUCUUGAACAUUUUGGUCGUUGCUUCCGUUCAUACCAACGUAAGAAUAUGAUUAUUCUCUACGAUUGUGUUCAAACAUUUGUUGAAAAGAUGGGAUAUGAAUUACUUGCUCCUCAUGUCGAUCAACUCUUGCCAUCCUUGUUGGAAAAAUGGCAAGUUUUGAGUGAUGAUGAUCCAGAUCUCUGGCCAUUACUUGAGUGCAUGGCUUCUGUUGCUGCCACUCUUCAAGAUAUCUUUGCUCCUUACGCCAUGCCUGUCUAUGAACGUGCCAUCAACAUUCUCUCAUCUUCUAUUCAAUUAGAUCAACAAUGUCAUACCGAUCCAUCGAUUGAACCUCCUGAAAAGGACUUUAUGGUGACUUCUCUUGACCUUAUUGAUGGUCUCAUUCAAGGGCUUGGCACUCAUUCAUUGGAACUCGUUCAAGCUGCUCCUACACCACUCAUGGAUUUACUUUUACUCACCUUAGAAGACCAUACCGAUGAUGUUAGACAAUCUGCAUACGCUCUUCUUGGUGAUCUUGCUAUCCACACACUCCCACUUCUUGAACCAUAUCUUCAUGCUUUAUUCAUUGGUAUUGGCCAUGAAAUCGAUAACCGCUCAUACAACUCCUUCGCUGUGUAUAACAAUGCCAUUUGGGCAUUGGGUGAAUUAUCUAUGCGUGUCGAUGGUUCCGCCCUUCAACCAUUCCUUCCAAACCUUUUGAAUUUGUUGGUUCGUGUUCUUAGAUCCACUGACUCUCAACAAACUGUUUUGGAAAAUGUUGCCAUUUGUAUUGGUCGUAUGGGUCUUAAUGGAUGUGCUGAAACCAUCGCUCCUCGCUUACAUGAAUUCAUUGGUGAAUGGUGUGCACAAAUGCUCUACCUUAUCGAUAACGAAGAAAAGGAGACUGCUUAUGAGGGAAUGCUCAACAUCAUCAAUGCAAACCCAGACCAAGGAUUUGGUGGCUUGGCCAAUCAACAAGGUAGAAAGAACUUGUCAGUUUUCAUCACUUGUAUUGGUAAUUACCCAAAUGCUCCAGAACCUUUGAAAAUGAAGUUUGCCCAAUUAUUGCAAAGUUAUAGACAAAUGGUUGGUGAAGCGGUUUGGAACCAAAUUGUUUCACAAGUUGACGCUGAAACUAGACAAGCCUUGGGUCUCUAAGAGGUGUGUACAUUUAUAUAUAGGGUCUACUG